CGUAUCUCCCGAAACUCAUAAAAAUAUCCUUUGUUGUAAAAGCAUAUUAUUCCAUUUCUUUUCUGUGACGUUACCUCUUUUGAUUCUCACUUCUGAAGUAGUAAACGUUUGCGACGAAAAUUGUAGCAGGAUACUGGUGAUUGUUAAUUAAAAGGCUUGCACUAAUUUUUGUAACAUGGCGACGUCUGCAUCAAAUUAUCAUACAUUCAUUACAGAAUACUCUACGAGUGAUAACAGACAUAAAAGUUGGAAUAAUUUUGAUGAUAACAAAUAAGUGCAUGUUGUAUUAUAAUUGUAAAAGUUGUUAUUUCACAUUUUUCUAAUCUGUUAUUUUUAAAAUAAAAUGGGAAAGCAUCAAAAAAGAGAAGUCCCAUCAAUGCUAAGAAAUAUAUUAGACAUUGACGCUCAGGUGACAGAAAAAUUAGUAAAAUGGGUAGAAAAAUGUAUGCCUCUGAAACAAUUAAAAGUACAUUAUACAAUAUUAGAGAUAUCUUGUCAUGGUAUACCCUGGCUUGCAUCAGUACUUGCAUUUAUUUGGAUUCUUAACAGUAAAAGUUUAUAUCAAAUGCAAGUGAAUUUAUUAUUAGGUUUACUGUUGGACAUUGUUAUUGUUGCAAUAUUGAAAGCCCUUGCCAGACGAAGAAGACCUGCAGCUACUAAUGACCCUUUUGCAAUGGGACCUGACAAAUAUUCGUUUCCCUCAGGUCAUGCUUCUCGCUCAAUGCUUAUUCUUUAUGUUUAUUAUUAUUUAUAUCCAGUAUCUGUUAUUUUCCUUCUUCCAAUAAUAGCAUGGGUUUUCUCAGUAGCCUUAUCAAGACUUCUAAUGAGAAGGCACCAUAUUCUUGAUAUUGUUGUAGGACUGUUAUUAGGAUAUAUUGAAGGAAUGUUAUUAGGUUUUUUGUAUUUAGAUGCUCAAACUUGUGCAUAUUUAGUAGCUUGGAUAACUGACGAAAAAAUAGAUGGUGCAGAAUAUGAUGUUUAAAAAUUGACUAUUUUUGGAAUAUGCUGUUUAUAUGCUGACUCGAAAGAAAUAUUAUUUUUUAACUAACUCUUUUAUAUAAUUGAUUUUAACGUUUAUUUAUAAUACAUUAAUACAUUUAAAAAAUGUGAUAUUUUAAUAUUCUUAACUUUGAUUAGAAAAGCUACCAAAGCAGAAAAGUGUUAACUGUAUUAUACAUGUUAUUAUUGACAAGACUGCCUCAAAAAUAUUGAAAUUAUUAAUAUAAUAUCAGAUCAAUAUUUUAAAUUCUGUAUAAAUAAGGAAUGUUAAUGAUAGGAAAGGAUAACUUUAAAUGUGUUUGGAAUAUAUUAAUUCAAUGAAUGAUUAUGUUAUAAAAUAAAUCACAAUAUUUUGUA